CACCAUUGUUUUUGCCAUUCCUGCUGGCGUACUCAUGCAAUUACUCACAAACAAUGUGACGGCCGUGAAGUGUGGGCAUUAUUCUACGACGUGCGUCCCCCGCACUCGUCCUCUGCCGUUCCUCGUAUGGCUCCAUCCACCUCCUACCCCUCCAAGCAUGUGUGCUUGAUCCUUGUCGUCCUUUCGUCCGUGUUAUCCGUGGACGCGGCGGCGGGCGGCGUCUGCUUUGACGUGGCGGACGUGGGCAACAUCGACAACCAUUUCCGUCAAAUCAAGACCAAGUUCUCGGCCGUGCGUGUGUACGAGACCCAAAUGGGCAACACGAACGCGAUUGCCGCCGCCGCGAAAGCAGGACUUCAAAUCGCCGCGGGUGUAUGGAUCCGUAGCGGCGACGCCAAGAUCCAGGCCGACAUCGACGCCGUGGCCGCCGGCAUCAAGGCGUACCCCGGCACUGUCGUCGCCGUAUACGUGGGCAACGAAGACCUAGCCAACGGCGUGUCGGAACAAACUGUGAUCAACAAGGUGAACCAAGCGAAGGCGAGUCUCAGCGCGCUUGGCGUGCCGAUCGGGUCUGUGCAAGUCGACGGUGAUUUCUUGAGCGCCGGGCGACUGGCGGACGCAUGUGAUGUCGUGGGAGUGAACAUCUACCCGUACUUUGGGUCGUCGCCCGACUCCAUCUUGAAACCCAUCAACGACCUCAACGCUCGAUGGAAGCAAGUCACGGCCAAGUUUGGCGGCAAGGCCAAGCUCACGGAAACGGGGUGGCCCACCAGCGGCACGUACAAUGGCCACGUCGGCAGUUAUGACAACGCCAAAGCAUACUGGCAAUCGUACUCGGACUGGUCGUAUGGCAACGGGGGCGGUGUGCCGUUCUACUUUCAGCACAAGGACAUGCCAAACAAGUCGCCCGAGUUCGAAGCGAACUUUGGCCUUAUCGAUAGUUACGGCAAUUGGAAAUUUGACGUCGCUCCGGCCACACCUCCGCCGACCGCACGACCUACAUCCCCACCUACGGCACCUCCGACUGAGCCCCCAACUCAGCCGCCGACAACUCAGCCGCCAACUCAGCCACCGACAACUCAGGCGCCGACAACUCAGCCGCCGACAACCGCUGCACCUACAACGACUGUAACGCCUGAGCCUACCACGACGACCGCGGCCCCGACAAUUGCACCUACCACGGCCACGCCUGAACCUUCGGUUACACCCACGGUAACACCUGAACCUACGGCAACACCUGAACCUAACGUUACCACAACACUUGAACCCACGACAACGUCGGCAACAACCACACUUGUCCCGUUGAAUGGAACCAACACGACUUCGUUGGAAACGGUCAACAGUACAUCUGGGGAUGGAGUUGGGGAUGGAGUGACGUUCAACGGAAUCAAUGGGACGUUCGAUGCAAUCAAUGAAACAUUUGUGACUUCGAUUUCUGACGGUGCCUCGAACCCCACUGGCGUAUUGAUUGGAAGCGCGGCUAGUGGUGCUGAUGCUGGUGGUGAUGCUGCUGGUGGCGGUGUGGCUAGUGGCGGUGCGACUAGUGGCGGUGCUGCUGCUGGCGCUGGGUCGUCGAGUUCCUCCAGUGCGACAUCUAUCGGAGGGACGGACAGUACCAAUAUCAACGUGUCCUCUGCCGAUUCGUCUUCAUCCAACCCCGCCCCGACGAUCUUCUUGACUGCCGGAGGCGCGCUUGCAGUCGCUGCUGCUGCGUUGUUUGUGGUUCGUCGUCGUGCCCAGUCGUUGGAAGAGGACAAGGACGCAUUCGAUCCUGAAUUCGGUCUCCAUACGCCUCCAACGGCCCUCGGUGGCUACCCGACUCAAGUUUUCACGACCCAGGCAAACGCAACCCCCGUCGCCACUGCUUCUACAGCGCCAGGCCCAGAACAGCGCGAUCCCGGCUUGUUCAACCCCAAGGACAGCUUGGACGGAGUUGCGAUGCUGGAAGAUCGACCCAGCACAAUGUUGGACAACAUGGGCGACAUUCGCGGGUCGGAAGACUCCCUUCAUGGCGCAGGCGAUGACACGCUUGCCUCGGACGAACCUGCCGCCUUCGACAACCGAACCACCAUGGACCUCCUUGACACUGCGCGCUCGUCGACGGAAAUUUUGCUUUGAGGAGAAAGGCCAAGUCGAUAAUUUGAGCAAGUUUUGUUAUCUUUGGUUUUGUAUGUGUAUACAAUGUACAAAUCAUUAUUCCGAAAAACGCGCGA